GGGCUGUCGUCAGGUAACUACUAGCGUCAUUAGUGGUGGAAAUUGGCGGCAGAAUCGAGGGACGUUUUGCGAACCACUUUUAGCAGCGUGUGUCAGGGGGCUGUGCUUGACACUCAUGAUCCUCACCCAGCUGACUGCGAGAAAUAGGUUAUGUUGAUCAAAAUGGCGUUCUUAACAAGAUUAGUAUCUCUGCUUUUGAUAAUUUGUCAAAUUAGCAGUGUAAUUGGUGAAAAUGACGAAGAAGUUUCGACUGACAGAUAUGUAAUCGAAGGGAAAGUUUUCCCUCCUGAAAAUGCAAUCCUUACCGGAUGGCAACUCAUGACUCAUGUCAUGGCAAACGGGGGGGAACAUCUUGGAUAUCUUAGGGAGGAUGGUUCAUUCACAAUUUCGAAUGUCCCAUCGGGUUCCUACAUCAUCGAAGUUGUAAACCCGAACUAUGCUUAUGAGCCUGUACGAGUUGAAAUCAAUUUCAAGGGAAAGUUCAGAGCUCGGAAAGUGAAUUUAAUUCAAACUUCACAAGUUAUUCAAGUUCCAUAUCCUUUGAAAAUGAGACCAUUUGCUCCGUUCCGAUAUUUCCAACUUAGAGAACAGUGGAGAGUAACAGAUUUUUUGUUUAAUCCAAUGGUCCUCAUGAUGAUACUGCCUCUUUUAUUAAUAAUGGUACUACCAAAAAUAAUGAAUGAUCCAGAAACACGAAAGAUUGCCGGUACUCGUUCAUUUCAGGAAAUGGAGCAAUUGAAUAGCUUGACUAAAUAUGAUAUGCCUGAAAUGUCAGAAAUGAUAACGACUUUCUUUGCUGGAGAAGAGAAACAAAAAUCGAAAGCAGUGAAAGCAGCUAAGAAGAGACAAUAGAAAUGGAAUAAUAAAUGCACAUUCAUAUAUUCAAAUUCGUUUCGAUACACAAUGGAAUUGUAAUUUACAUUAGUCAAUUUAGUCCUUGUUGUAUCUUGUUACACCUUGUUUUAGGAAUAUAAUUAUUUUAUUAAUAAGGAUUGAGGUGGUAUAAGAAAAUGCCACACUUGAGUAUUUACUUUUUAAUUGAACUUAUUUUAGCUGUGUACAAUGCUUCAUUCUAAGUAUUUAGUUAUUUUAAUAAUACCUGUGAUUCAAAGUUUGGAUUCAAUUACUGUUGUAAAAAUUAAAAACCUGAAUAAUAGCAUCAAAUUCAGCAUUCAUCAAACUGUACCUCAAUUCAUUGGAAAAGAUUUUACUCGAUUGAAUAAAAAAACCACCUUCGUACGGUUGUGAGAAAUACCACAGCAUAAAUAGUUCAAAAUAUAUUACUUGAUAUUGUCAGAUGUAGAGUUAAAGUAAUAUAAUUAAUAUAUAUCUAUUGGCUAAUAUUGAUUAUUAGCGUUUGAACUAUUUAAGAUAAUUUUAAAGUUAUGAAAUAAAUAUUUUUCUUGUUAUCACA